UUCAUUCAAGCUUGAAUUCAUCUGUGAUUUGAGAGUCCCUCCGUGUCAAACCAAUAAAACCGGUCACCUUCCUCAACACAUUCAUUCACUUCUAUGUACAAGAACCAGCAUUGACCCUUCUCUCUGUGUCUCUCCCUCUCCCUGCAUCUCUCUCUCUCUCUCAAGACCACACACACAAAUUCAUUCAUGGGUAAUGCAGCUUCCUGUGCUCCAUCCAUCAUCAUAAGUGGGUCAUCGGUGGCGAAAGUCCUGUCCUCAGAUGGCAAAAUGCAAAUCUACACGAGGCCCGUCAGAGCAGCCGAGCUUAUGCUCGAGAACCCAGGCCAAUUCCUCUGCAACUCCUCCACCCUCCGGGUUGGCCACCGGAUCCACGGCCUCUCGGCUGACGAGGAGCUCGAGCUUCGCCGCUUCUACUUCUUCCUUCCCAUGGAGCUCCUCUACUCUGUCCUCACCUAUGAAGAGAUGAGUGCCCUCACCUACAGAGCCUCCAAGGCUCUCAAGCAUGGGAGCUUCAACAACUUGACCAAGAUCUUCCCUGUCUGCAUCUUCCCUUCUGAGUCUAAGAGGACGGAGGGUUCAGAUAGAGAUGUUGUUCUGGAGCCAAUUGAGAGGUACUCAAAGCAGAGGUCCUGGAGGCCAGCUCUGGAGACCAUCGUAGAGACUCCCUGUAGGCUAUGAUAUGAUCAAUUAGCUCAAGUUUUCUUACUUUUUUUUUUUUUUUUUGGGUCUUUUUUUUUUUACUCUUUUUGGCGAUAUGGGAACUAGAUCUUAUUGAUUUUGAAUUCUGUGCUAAUAUCAGCACCAGAAUUAUAAGGAAUUGAAAUACACUUGUGUUAUAAUUCUAGAUAAAUUCAAAGAGUGAUUUUUUCUUGCCAC